AUGCAGAGCCUGUCGCAAUCACGCCGUAUUGGCAAGCCCGCCGAUGAGACUAAUCCCCUCACCUCUUUCGAGUUAAGCAGAAGGCCUCAAAAGCCAGACUACAGAGAAGAUUACAUUGCUCCGGCAAUCCGACUGAACGCCCGCAUAACGGCUGGAAGCUGUCUUCAAGGGCCAGAUCCAAAGACAGCUUGCGGCCUUAGCCCAUUCAGGGCGGCCUGUACUAUCGAUCCAAGUCAGACCUUUACUGGCCGAUAA